AUGUGGCCAUUGCGAUCCGCGAGUCGCCAUACCUUGAUCGUCUUUCUUACCCUGGUCAUUCUUCUCAGCACCAGCCUUCCCAGUGUGGUGCGCUUUUCGAGUGCGUUUCUUCAUAACGUACUCGACAACUUUGUGGACGAAGGUCAAGAAGUCAAUUCAAGCUCUAGCUCAGACAAUUUGCAUGAGCGUUAUAUUACGUCGCAAAAGUCAACACUGCCAACCUUCAAUCCAUAUCUGAAGCCUCUGCUACAGUGCCAGAACCAGUCCAACGAGCGAAGCCAGAUCGUUCUGCCCGCCCGCCACCUCAACAUCUCCUUGCAGCUCGACAACGACGAGACGACAACUGCACAAAACCGCUACUUCAACCCAACGAUCAUCCCUCUGCCCUCUUACGCCGCAUCGCUCACCUCUGCAAGAUACGUCCUGGUUACGCGUCUAGUCACAGCGGGAUUGCACCAGGAAAGCCACGCUUGUCUAGCCUCUUUCUGCCACCCAGGUCCAGAGAACGAUGGUCCCAACAGCACCACGCAACGAGGGCACUUGCCUCCAGACUCAGAAGUAUGCUCAGACUCAGCACUCGCCCAUCUCGGACCCAAUGGUGGUUUUCGAUGCAUCACGCUCCCUCGCCCUGUCAAUAUACCACCGACCCCGUCGCUAAAGUGCUCACCUAAAUGGGCUGCCUUUCCCGACAUACCUGGCUUUCACGAUCCGCGGAUCAUGUGGUCUGGCGAUGGCGAACCACUGAUUAUUGUCAACAGUGGGAGUACGUAUGGGUGUGUCGGAUUGUGGAUGCAAGAUCUCAGGACGUUGAUACCUGAGCUACGAGAUGUGAUGGAGCGACGCAAGCCGGCCGAAUCUCCUGUGGUGCCCGAAGACGGAAAGCUGAAGAAGCGGACUGGCGGUGGAGGAGAGUGGCGUGAGCAGGGCACGCCGUGGUGGAAGAUGCCAGUGCUCAAAUACGAGACCUUGACGGAGCUGACGAGGUGGCAAGGGAGAUCUGAGGUGGAGAAGAACUGGAUCCUCUGGUGGCCUGGCGGAAAUCGGAGAGGGCAGACUUGGGUCAGCUAUGAGAUGUUCGGACAAUGGGAGGAAGACGAGGAGGAUCUACAAAAGCAUGCGAUGCAAAUGGUUGGACUCGGGGGUGACGACAUGGCCCAGCACAAGCUUGACGCCAGCAAUGAUGCCGAGACUGACCAAGUCGCCAACGCCCUACUGCGAGAGGGUUUUUGGUCGUACUGGCCAUCAACGAAUGCAUCGCAGUCCCUGCACGAUGCCUCGACAGACCACUAUCAGCUCGACUCGGAAUCAACGCCGCCGUCAAUGCCUGACACGCCGACUUCCGCAGAAAGCGCGACAGUCCCGACAACCGAGAAAAUCUCCUCGAUCAACACCGUCAGCGUGGUGAGCGAAGCCACCCCUUCCUCUACGGCAGUAGCGCCACAACAACCGAUCAAGCGCUCCGAAGCUUCAGCGGAUGCUGAUGAGCAGCAGCCACCGACAAAUUAUACGUUCCACUCUGGUCGUGCCAUCUCCGAGCUCCUCUACGUAUCUUACAGCACGAUCGCACUCCCCAACGUAACGCACCCGGACGAGCCACCUUGUCUGCUUCCGCCCGAUAUGCUGUCAUCCCUCCAGUCGCAGUCUCAAUCCAGCUCACGCGCAAGAAGAGCAUCAACACACCAAUCAACACCCGCUCUGCGCUUGAUCCUCUGUCCGUCACGAUCCUCAUGUCUAGGCACCGAGCAAGAAUGGCUAGACACGGGAAGAGAAGUGCAUUUCAGCAUUGUGCAUAGAAAGCUACAUCCCGUGAACGCACUGGGACUGGUCGAGAGGGGCGGAUAUGAGAGAUGGGUUGUGAUCUGGGAGGGAAGGAGUCCUGGUAGGAUUGUGGCGACGGGAAAGCAUGCGGUGGUGUUCCAAGGUGAGGUGUUUGAUGAGGGACGAGAUGAGAAGGAGAUGGGCUUUGUGUACACUACGAGUGUUAGUUGGGCGUGGAGGGUGGAAAGCAAUGCUGGCAGAAGUGACAAGGAGGAGGACGAGGACGAAUCUGACUUUGCAUUUCUUGAUGGUGAUAUGCCUCACUUGUCUGGGCUCGGGACAGGCUUCUUGGACGAUGAGGUCAUACUAGGUAUCGGGAUCGACGAUGUGCGGCAGGCGGUGGUGAGAGUCAAGGUGGAGGAGCUCCUUGCUUGCCUGACACUCUGUCCUGGUAUAUCGAUCGACGAUGCAGGAACAGAGGAUGCCUGA